AUGAUAGUUCUCCUGGCCUUCACAGGCCUACUGCUCGGCAGCCUCGUCCACUUCUAUCGACUUCUCUGCCAGAAGCGGGCGAGAUUCGAUGGCCUUCCCACACCGCCCAGGAAGUACUGGUGGCUGGGCAACAUCGAUGUGAUCAUCAAAGCGUCUAUGCUCUUUCCCGACGACAGCCACCCGCAGAUCUUCUUCAACUAUAUCAAGCAGAAGUACAACAUGCCCACCGUGUUUUACAUGGAUCUCUGGCCAAUCUCUGGCUCCAGCAUGAUCUUCUGCGACGAUCCUGUCUUCAGUGCUAAGUAUGCUACGACCGGAACGUCCCUGCCGAAGGCUCGCAGUGCGUCUGAUUACCUCGAUGAAUUUCUGGGCCCUGACAACCUCGUCACGGCUGAGGGCGCCCACUGGAAGUCAUUGCGAGGCAUAUUCAACCCGGGCUUUAGCGCCGCCCACCUCAUGACCCUGGUGCCUUAUAUGGUGGACUCUAGCAUGACGUUCUUAGAUAUCUUGAGCCAGAAAGCUCAGAGCAACGAGCUCUUCCAAUUGGAGGAGUAUGCCACGCGUCUCACAAUCGACAUCAUAGGCAAAGUCGUCCUCAACGCCGACUUCGACUCCCAAAGGCACGACCACCCACUGGUCACUACCUUCCGCGAGCGCACGCCAUUGAUGUUCGACGCCACAAAUCCGAUCCAGGCUCUCAAGAACUUUGAAUUCAUCAGGAUCUGGAAACUCAAUCAGAACGGCAAGAAGCUCGACGGUCUUGUGGGCCAGGAGAUCGACCGGGCAAUCGCGAAACGGAACCAGAGUGGCGCGCCUAUCGGCGAGAAGGUCGCUUUCAAGGAUCGCAAGCGCAGCAUCGUGGAUCUGGCUCUGGAUGCUUAUUAUUCGGACAAAAUGUUCAAUUCGGCCGGAAGCGUGAAGCCGAGCGCCGCGAUGGACGCUGCGUUCCGUGGAGAGGCGAUCACGAGUGUCAAGACCUUCCUCUUCGCUGGGCAUGACACCACCUCCUCCACGAUUGCAUACGCCCUAUACCUCCUCCACCACCACCCCACAGUCCACGCCCGCCUCCUCGACGAACUCCGCUCCACAUUCGGCUCCCUCGGUGCAACCCACAUCGCCGCCACCAUCAAGGCAGAUCCCCACACCGUCAACUCCCUAGCCUACACCAACGCCAUCCUCAAGGAAACCCUCCGCAUCUUCCCGCCAGCAUCCACCCUCCGCUCCUCCCCGUCCAUCCUCCCUGGCGCAACCCCAAAGAGGAACAUUUCCUCCCCAACCCAGACUACCCACGCAACGGCUAUCGCCAGCAAAUCAUUCGUGCCGGAGCGGUGGUUCAAGGAGCGUACACCCUACCCUGAGGCGCAGCUGUUCUCGGAGUCCGGGAAGGAAGCGUUCGCGCCGUUCAGUAAGGGACCGAGGAACUGCAUUGGUGAGCAACUGAGUAUGCUGGAGAGUAAGAUUAUCCUGGCGUUGGUGGUGGGUGGUGGGUUUGAUUUCGUGGCUGAGCUGGAGGGUGGGAGGAUUGCGGAGUGUGCUGUUGGGGGCGUUGAUGGGGAGAAAUUGAGGCAGCAGAAGAGUUGGGCGGAGAAGUUGGAGGAGCGAAAGAACAUUGGGGCUGAGGGCAUGGCGAUUAUUGAAGGUGCUGGGUUGGGUACGACGCAAGCGAAGGACUACAUCAAGCCCAGCGAUCUGGCGCGGAUGAAAAAGUUGCGCGGCAGGACAGUGGAGGGGUAUGGUAUCUACCAGUGCAUUCGAGGAUCGGCUAAGCCGGCGUACGGGAUGCCUGGGAGGAUCUAUCUGAAGGAGUUGUCAUGA